AUGUCAGAUUUCCCAGCUUUGACUGGUUUCUACCAGCUUCUGUUUCUAUAUUUCGAGCCUAUAUCAACAGCGUUUCCAGCGCUCCUUACGUGGACAAACGCUUCAUGGUUCCACCAUGAACUCAUACCCUCUUCCACCCCUGCAUCGACUCUGGAAGCUAGGACCACAAUGGCCAUCUGGCAAUUGGGAAACUGUUAUCUGUUGCUGGGAUUAAUAUCAUCUCUUGUGUUUAGAGCUGUUAGAGACGCUUUGCCUUCUAAUCCAGUCGCGCAAGAGCGAAUCGUUGGAGCGAGUCUUACCGCUUUAGCUAUCGCAGAUAUUGAUCCCAACAGCAUCAUCGCCUCUCUGAUCGGCCUUCCGGAUGACCUGAGGUGGUCACCAGCGGACUGGAACCCAAUGACACAUGGUAAUAUCACAUUCGUGAUCUUCUUACUCUCCGUCCGACUAGCCUGGUUCGCCGGUAUUGGUCGAACAACAUAUUAUUAUGGGAAGAAAGCCCUUGUAGCCAAGAAGAGUUCCUGA